CCAUCAGAACCAUGGUAACCAUGGCAACGUUGUUGGUCCUCCUGCACCUCUGUGGCAUCCAGCUGAUGGCGGAUGCCAGGCCGACUUGUUCGCUGCCGGGGAAGUUGGUCCAGUCGGCCCAUCACCUGCUUAGAGACCUGGGGGGGCCGUUUCCUGCCCACUGCCUACGCUACAACAGCAACAUCUCCUUUCCAUACUCCGCCUUCCCUGCUGCCACAGCCAAUCACCUGCAGUGCCGCCAAACAUUGUGGGUAGUAUAUGAGUCCCUGCAGGAGGCGGACCUAAUGUUUGAAGAUUAUGAGUUACCUGUCGGAGAGGGCGGAGUCACCUGGGACGACCAGAAACUCACCAAGUUCAGACACCUGCAGACCCGCCUGCAGGAGGACGGAGACUGUUUGUCCAGUGUUGAUGAUUCAGGAACUUUAUCUUCUUACUUCAGCAAUGUGACAGCAGUUAUACAGCAGCAGGACAGUGCAGCCUGUGGUUGGAUGGUUCUGAGGAGAGAUCUGACCGAGGUCCUAAGGUCCGCCCUGACGCUGCACCACGGCUGCUUCACCUGGACCAACAAGACCACCGAUGGCCCCACCCACUGA